AUGAUGGAAAUGAAGGCCCCAGCACAGUUUAGCAAAGUAGCUUUUCCCCCACUAAUCCCCCAGCAGGUCUGCAGCAGGUUGCCGCCAGUCCCUCGGCACCACCAGAUUCUGAAAGCGAGAGUGCCGCCACCAGAUUCCGAAAGAGAAAGGACACUGGAUGAAGGAUUGUCCAAAAGGAAGAAAAAGCCAGUCCACUUCUUGGUGGACACUGGCACCCAGCAUUCUGUUCUGUUACAAGACUUAGAAGCUAAAAAAGAGAAAAAAUCGUGGGUCCAAGGAGCCACUGGAUGUAAACAAUAUUCAUGGACUACCCGAAGAACGGUGGGUCUUGGAGUGGGCCGGGUAUCCCACUCAUUCUUAGUUGUCCCCAAGUGCCCGUACCUGCUGUUAGGGCAAGAUAUUCUAACUAAGAUAGGGGCCCAUAUUCAUUUUAGACCAGAUGGCCCACAGGUGACAGACAAAGGGGAUCCCAUUCACGUGCUGAUGAUUCAACUGGAAGAUGAAUACUGCCUGUUUGAAAAGGUGGUUAGUCCAGAAAAAGACAUUUACUGGUGGCUAGAGAGACAUCCCAGGGCAUGGGCUGAAACAGCUGGCCUAGGAAAAGCAGAGAAACAGCCCCCAGUUCAGAUAGAGCUGAAGCCUCAGGCUACCCUGAUCGUGGUGCGACAAUAUCAGAUAUCUAAGGAAGCCCGUGACGGGAUCCUCCCUCACAUACAGUGGCUCCUUCACCUAGGGGUGUUCAGAAGGUGCCAUUCUGCCUGGAAUACUCCAUUGCUGCCAGUUCGGAAGCCUGGGAGCAACGACCAUUGACCCGUAAAGGACUUGAGCGAAGUUAACAAACAGGUCAUGGACUUACAUCCUACCUUGCCCAACCCGUCCAGGGCUGCAAAGGGGAAUAACAUGGCCUAUCAGGAGGCUAAAGCAGCCACCAGAGGAAACUCUGUCCCAGUGGUACUGACUGCUGAGCUGCCCAGAGAAAAACGACUAAACUACUCAGAAAGUGACUUGAAGCUAAUACGGCAAAAACGGGAUAUUUGA